UGCCAUCGCAGGGGGAUGAGCAGAGACUGAGAGAGAGAGAGAAAGAGAGAGAGAGAAAAUGAUUGUUUGAAUAACAUCAAAGCCAUGAUUUGCUGCAUCUGUGCAGUCGGAGCUCUAAUCACAGUCAUUAGAUCGUCGUAAAUGCACGCCUUAACACCAGCCUACAUUAACUUAUUUGAAAACACCUCCGCCAGUCCCGUUAUUUGGCUAUUUUACAGGCCCUUUGCACGUCUGCGCGAGGGACACUCGGGGGUCGAGUCGUUCUCCGCGUGCAUACUUAAUACCCGCUGAUAUAUUAAUCACGGGCGGCGCGUGACGCCGCGAGCGUACGAAUUGAAGCUGCAGUUCGUCACCUGUUGAAAAGGUAACGAAAACGCGGGGGGAGCGCCUGUCAAAAACCAGUGCCGCCAUCGUCCGUGUGGGUGAACCGAUGAAGCGAGACCCUUACCGAGUCCAGGUUGUCAUGGUGAUUUUGCCAUCUGUUGGCUCGGUUUGUUUAAAGCUCGAGUGUAGGGACGACCGCUAUACCAGCGCGCGCUUGCAUGUGUGAGUGCGCGCGUGUCCAAAAGCCCAUGUUGCACAUUUACGAUACAUCGCUUUUAAAAACUGACAUUACGUGUUAUUUAUGUUGGGUCGUGACACAUGCAUUCUCGUGAGCUUCAAUAGACAGCGAAUACUAAGCCUCGGAAGUGUUUUCAUAAUGAAAAUGCACCCGCAUAGUUUAUUAUCCGCGCGCCAUCCCGCCACUGCACCGUUCAGUGGGAGCUACGGAGGACUCGGGAGGUGGAGGAGGAGGGACAGCACUAUUGGUAUUCAUCUCUCGUAUGCUGGUCUCUUUCACCGUCCCCGCCGUUAGCCCGGGGAAUACAUACUCACCCCUUUCCUAGUGAAUGCAUAAAAGGAGGUAUAUAACGCCGUUGGAGUAACCUGUAAUAAGAUCUGAAUUUAAAACAUUAAGGCUCUUCGUUAUUUAAACAGACGAUUUAUUUUCACGCACAGUUAAGUGGGUUAAAUUUUAAGGCCUCCACUCGUGCAACACAUCACUACCCGCGGUACAUCUGACCUGAUUCGGACACGCCAUCCUCUCGUCUGCUUAGUCCUGGAAAAUGGGCACCAGAAUAAACGGACUCGUUUUCUCUUGACAGGGCCUCGCGGUUCGGAUGAACUGACCCACAUUGCAGGUUUGUGGUCAAAUGCUGGAAAAUGAAUAACUUCACCCACGGAGAUACUCGCAAAUAGAAUGGAGGGUUUGGUGGUGCACACCUGGCUGUGGAGACGCCCACUGGAUUUACCUGCACGUGUGGCGUGUGUUUAAGUGCCAGCGUGUAGUUUUGUACAAACAGCGAGCAUAAUUAAGCUACAUUCAGCAUUUAUUUCUUCAAACAAGUGUGUGUUGUUAAGAGGGACCAUGUGGCGCACACAAUCAUCCACUUACCUGCCGCUUACCCACCUGCUCUGCCGACCUCUGACCUUUGCCCUGUGUUGGCUCUUAUUGUUGUUAAUGCGGUCAGUCUCCAUGGCAACCGCGCUGACCUAUCAGCCCACAGUAAACACAGCACUUGGCAGACUUAGGGGUAUGCGGGUUGCUGUGGCGACAGAGGGCCUGGGCCCAGUGGAUCAGUACCUGGGUGUGCCUUACGCUGCACCACCUGUGGGGGAGAAGCGCUUCAUGCCGCCUGAUGCUCCGUCAGCCUGGUCUGGCGUCCGGAACGCCACCCGUUUCUCUCCCGUCUGCCCGCAGACUGUUCGCAAUGCAGUGCCGGACAUCAUGAUGCCUGUGUGGGCCACCUACAACCUUGACACAGUCGCUACCUACCUGCAAGAGCAGAGUGAAGACUGUCUGUAUCUGAAUAUAUACGUACCCACACAACGUGGCACAAAGAGAACAGGCGACAUGUCAGCUGAAACCGAGCGUUCAGAGGAUGAUGGGCUCCGGGAUGCUCGCGAUGACCCUCGUCCCGUGAUGUUGUUUAUUCACGGUGGCUCGUACAUGGAGGGCACUGGGAAUAUUAUGGACGGCAGUGUGCUGGCCAGCUACGGCAAUGUCAUUGUUAUCACCCUCAACUACAGGGUUGGAAUAUUGGGAUUUUUAAGCACAGGUGAUCAGGCUGCUAAAGGGAAUUAUGGUCUUCUGGAUCAGAUUCAGGCUCUGCGCUGGAUCAAUAAGAACAUUGGAUAUUUUGGUGGCGAUCCUGGCCGUGUAACAGUGUUCGGCUCAGGAAUCGGAGCGUCCUGUGUCAGUUUGCUUACUCUUUCACAUCAUUCUGAAGGUUUGUUUCACAGAGCAAUCAUUCAGAGUGGGUCAGCUUUGUCCAGCUGGUCAGUCAAUUAUCAGCCGGUGAAAUACACACGUCUUCUUGCAGAGCGCGUUGGCUGUAAUGUUCUUGACACACACGAUCUGGUCCUCUGCAUGCAGAAGCGUAGCUACAGGGAGUUGGUUGAGCAGGAAAUUCAGCCAGCACGCUUCCAUGUGGCCUUUGGCCCUGUUAUCGAUGGUGACCUCAUACCUGAUGACCCCGAAGUGCUCAUGGAGCAGGGAGAGUUCCUUAACUAUGACAUUAUGUUGGGCGUCAACCAGGGGGAGGGGUUCCGCUUUGUAGAGGGCGUGGUGGAGCCAGAGGAGGGCGGAGUUUCCGGAUCGGAUUUUGACUUUGCGGUAUCAGAUUUUGUGGAUGGUCUCUAUGGGUAUCCAGAAGGGAAGGACACGCUCAGAGAGACCAUAAAGUUCAUGUAUACAGACUGGGCAGAUCGAGAUAAUCCCGAGACACGACGCAAGACUCUCGUGGCCAUGUUUACAGAUCAUCAAUGGGUAGAGCCAGCGGUGGUCACGGCCGACCUGCAUGCACGUUACGGUUCUCCAACCUUCUUCUAUGCGUUCUACCAUCACUGCCAAAGCCCCAUGAAACCUCCAUGGGCAGAUUCUGCACAUGGCGAUGAGCUGCCCUAUGUCUUUGGCAUUCCACUUAUUGGCCCGACCGAUCUCUUUCCCUGCAACUUCUCCCGCAAUGACAUAAUGCUGAGUGCUGUCGUCAUGACCUACUGGACCAACUUUGCAAAGACCGGGGAUCCAAACAAGCCAGUUCCUCAAGAUACCAAGUUCAUCCACACCAAGGCAAACCGUUUCGAGGAAGUGACCUGGGCCAAGUACAGCCCUCAUGACCAUCUUUACCUGCAUAUUGGGCUUAAGCCGCGUGUUCGGGAUCAUUACCGUGCAACUAAAGUUGCUUUUUGGAAGCAUCUGGUACCUCACCUGUACAACCUGCAUGACAUGUUUCACUACACGUCCACCACCACAAGAGUUCCACCUCUUCUGACCACACACAGCUCUCACAGCUCAACGCCCCGUCCAGGCAGCAACAAGGUCCGUACCCCUGGUAAACAACCACCGCAGUCCACGGCACGCAGCGGGCCACUUGUCAUCGCCAAUCCGCGAGAUUACUCCACGGAGCUGAGCGUCACUAUCGCCGUCGGGGCUUCUCUUCUCUUCCUAAACGUCCUGGCAUUUGCCGCCCUGUACUAUCGCAAGGACAAACGGAGUCGACAGGACACGCCCCCUCAGACAGCACCUCAGCGCCAGACCCCGCCCAAUGACCUCAGUUACACGCCCACCUCCAUUUCAGGAGGUAACCAAGAGGAGGGCUCAUUGUGCGACCCCCUUCGCCAGACCCCAGCGUCUUCUCCGCGGGAUUACGCGCUCACGCUUCGUCGCUCACCGGAUGACAUCCCCCUCAUGACACCGAGCUCCUGCGCCAUGACACCGAACAGCGGCACUAUGACACCCAACACUGUAACCUUGACACCCAACAGUGUUACCAUGACACCCAACACCAUUACAAUGUCACCCAAUUCUUUGAUGGGAUAUCCCAGCAUGCACCCUUACAACACUUUCACACACGGAUACAACUCCACCACUCUGCCCCACCCGCACUCAACAACACGUGUAUAACAAUCUCAUACUCUGAACGACUACACCAGAAUCCCAGCGACAUUCAACUCAUUCGUGUAAACCAGAUCAAACCGGUGCAAACUGUUCUUAAGAAGUACAACAGAAGGUGAACCCAAUACACAACAUGAGCACAAUCACCUCAGAUUUACUGCACUGCUAGGAGACAGUGCAACGUGUCAAACCAGGAUUAACAAUGCAUCAGUAUACAAACAACAAUAAACGGUGUCAGCGUUACACUGUGACUUUUGACUAAAGAUACAACAUUAUUAUAGGAGUAGACACUUCUCUGUGGAUAAAGACUAAAGUGAAUGGUCAGACUACCUGAGGGAGCGCUGCAAUACUUCAGCUGACUCAAGGUGGCACUACAAGACUCAAAAAUCCUGCAGGUGGUUGGAUCCACAGAGGAGCACUGAGUAAGAACAGUAGGGCCACUGAGUCCCAUCAUUGGUUCAGAAUACCAUUAUGAACCAACCAAGCACUUAUUAUAAGAUAUAUAUAUAUAUAAAAUAACAUAAAAUAACAAACAUAUUAACGAUUAUUGUACAGCUAUAACAUAUGUAUUAACGUCAAUGUACAGACAGCUUUUUUGAAUGUGUUGGAAAAAUAAUUUCUAAUCGUUUUUAAGAUCAGAUUAUUUCCAUAGCAAAGAAGCUCUGAUUUUUUUUCUUGAUGAUCACAGUGUAUUUUAUAACAUCUCUCCUUUUUUGAUUCUGAACCAGUGAACGAUACAAUUUACUUUUGGUAUAACCGAUUCAUUUAGUUGUAGAUUAUACAAACAGUUCAAAUCAAUUGUUUUAAAGAACAUAAUAUUUGUGUAAUGAUUAUUAUUGACUGAGAGAGAGAGAGAGCGAGCGAGCUCAUAGUGUACAAUUUUCAAGUUAAACAUCUUUAGAUAAUUUGUCUUGCUAAAUGUUAUCAUUUUGUGAAACUGCUUUUUGAUCAUUUAAAAUCUGUAUUGUAUCUGAGUUCGAUAGGUUUUGUGAAAUGUUAAACUUUAAAAGCAUUGAGAUUCUUUUUGGUAUUUAUCAGUGAUACGACAUCACUCAUACGGUAAUAUAACGUCACUCAUGCUGUGAUGUGACAUCACUCAUGCUGUGAAAUGACAUACAGGCUUUGCUAAGAAUUUAUGAUGUUACUCUUUCCUAUGAAACAUGAAUGUGGUGACAUGUUACGAACACAGGGCUUCUCUGAUGAAGGCGAUUCUGAAACGUUGCAUUUACUUUGGAACCGCACAGGGAAUAUAAUAGUGUAGUAAUGGUGUCAUAGCCUGCCAGAUGGUUAGACUAUUCAUGUUACCUGCUGUAGACUAACCAUCCCCGGCAUGUAUUUUGUGCCAAAUUUGCGAUACGGUUUCCUUGGCAACCAGCAGAACGUUUGUCUGUUAAUGUGUUUGUGUGAAAGUUCAACAGCUUUAUAAAAGAAUUUGCAGUAUUUACAACGGUUCGAAUUCAUCUGGACUAUGAAAGGGAAAGACAUUGGAAAAUGGAUGCAUGGAUUCACACGAUACCAGUGUGUGUCUCUCCUGGCUGAGGUUGACCUGUGUGCACCUGCUCAGGUCUGUCGGUUCAACAGCUUGCAGAAGUCUGUUCUUUUAUACUCUGUACAUUUCUGCCUCAAAUUUGCAGUAAAUAUUGAGUUUGCCUAAAGUUCCUGCUCCUUUUUAAAUUCAGACUAAAGUUUCACAAUGUUUGUCUUAAACGG